AUGGACCGCAAGGUCGUCCAGUACUGCCGCUUUCCCGGUCUGCGCUACGUGCUCUGCAUCUUCGUGUCGCCCGACAUGGGCAUCCGCGAUCGUCGGCUCUUGGCGCUGCCUAACGAAAUGGCUCUUCCCGGGCGCUUUCCCCCCGAGUUGGUCCUUGAUGUCCACCCGAUCUUGGAAGACGCCUCGCUCGAGGAGUGA